CAGGAUUUCUCUGUCUGUGCGUACGAGGACUGUUCCUUAAAAUCGACCUGGGCCCACGAUGAUAGUUGUAGAAAAGCUUGAAUUCCACUUCGCUUCUCCAAGAUGCGCACUCAGCUCAGCUUGCUCGGUGCACUUCUUCCUAUCUUUACCGCAGCCAUUGCUCCAGCUAACAUCACGAUCUUGUCCACAAAGAUUAGUAACUGUGAUACCCCCAUCACGACAAAACCCUCGAACAACAACACAAGUCUUGACAUCCUCUAUGACACCCGCAAGUCGAAAGGAUUAGCACCCGACAGUCUCGCGUCGACGGAUUCGGCGAACGCGACCGAAACUACUUGCGUAGUCUGCAUGCGCUUUCGAUGGUCAAAUAAGCUUUAUGGACGAAUAAUGAGCUUAGACUACGAUUUCGAAAAUAGACUAGACCCGGGCUUGCUGGAGCAAGUGUUUACGACUAUCAAUGGAGAGGGAAAGCCUGAUACUGAGCAAGCGUAUUUCGAAACCUCAUAUAUAUAUGGAGGCGAAGAAACGGCAAAAACAUACCAUGUACAUACUAACCAACCCAACGCUAGCGAACCUUUUCUCCUUGAUUUUACGAAAGCGCAAGAGUCUCUAUGUGUGCAAACCACAUUUCGAGUAAUUGCGAGAGGAGGAGUAACACACGCUGGAGGCGAAAUUUCUAGGAAGAGUGUUUUCGUUCAGAGCGUUAACGUGGCGUGGCAGAGCGAGAAACCGUAG